AUAAGUUUGACUUUUCCCUUUAAAAUCUAAGUGUGAGACUCUGAAUAAUAUGAAUAUGAUCCAAAAGGAAUCUUCCUUCAGCACAUUCCACUACUUCGUUUACAGUCCAAAACUCAGUUGACUAGCCACAACUUUUCCCGACGCUUCAAAAUUUCUACUGAUCAGUGUUACAUUCUCUAGUUCGGUUGCUCAUCUUGUUUCUUUUUCCUAGUGCCCAUAUUGUCAUCUUCAUUCAUACUCCUUUUGGGGUAUGCUUAAAAAUUUUUUGACUUUUGACUCUCAAGUGUUACGGUAUAAAUCAAGAUGUUUGUUGUGGGGAUGAGAGGGCUGAGAUUGAUCUUCUGGACCAUUCUUUUGGUUCUUGCAAUACUUCAGAACGCAAAUUCACAUGGAGUCCAACCUCUUUCAAGAAUUGAUGUUUACAAAGCAACAUUUGCUCUUGACAAUCGUGCUUAUGUCAAAGCCUCUCCUGAUGUUCUAGGAUUGAAUGGUCAAAAUACAGAGUGGGUUACAGUGGAGUAUAGUUCUCAGAACCCAUCAAUCGAUGACUGGAUUGGAGUAUUUUCUCCUGCCAAUUUCAGUGCUUCAACCUGCCUUGCAGAAAAUCCAAGGGUUACUCCACCAUUGUUGUGUUCUGCACCUAUUAAGUAUCAGUACACGAACUACUCUAGUCCUGAAUACAAAGAUACAGGAAAAGGGUCCUUGAAGCUUCUGUUGAUUAAUCAGAGAUCAGACUUCUCUUUUGCACUAUUUUCAAGUGGUUUGUUGAAUCCAAAGCUUGUGGCACUGUCAAACACAGUAUCUUUCACAAAUCCAAAUGCCCCAGUUUACCCACGCUUAGCACAAGGAAAAGAAUGGAAUGAAAUGACAAUAACAUGGACUAGUGGAUAUGGGAUUGAUGAAGCGGAACCAUUUGUUCAGUGGGGUCCAAAAGGAGAACAUCGACAACAUUCCCCAGCUGUUACUCUGACUUUUGAACGUAACAGCAUGUGUGGUGCACCAGCAAGGACAGUCGGAUGGCGAGAUCCUGGAUAUAUUCAUACCAGCUUUUUAAAAGAGUUGUGGCCAAACAGAGUGUAUACCUACAAACUGGGGCAUAGAUUGUUCAACAAUACAUAUAUUUGGAGUCGAGAAUACCAGUUUAAAGCAUCUCCAUUUCCUGGUCAAAAUUCUUUGCAACAUGUAGUCAUUUUCGGAGAUAUGGGAAAGGAUGAAGCUGAUGGCUCCAAUGAAUACAACAAUUUCCAACGUGGCUCUCUAAACACUACUAACCAGUUAAUUAAAGAUUUGAACAACAUUGAUAUUGUGUUCCACAUUGGAGAUAUAUGUUACGCUAAUGGAUACCUUUCACAGUGGGACCAAUUUACUGCACAGAUUGAGCCAAUUGCAUCCGCUGUGCCUUAUAUGCUUGCAAGUGGUAACCAUGAGCGUGACUGGCCGGGAACAGGAUCCUUUUACGAGAACAUGGAUUCUGGAGGAGAAUGUGGUGUCUUGGCUGAGACAAUGUUUUUUGUCCCUGCUGAGAACAGGGCUAAGUUUUGGUACUCCACUGACUAUGGCAUGUUCCGGUUCUGCAUAGCUGAUACAGAACAUGAUUGGAGAGAGGGGACAGAGCAGUACAAGUUCAUUGAGCACUGUCUGGCAUCAGUUGAUAGACAAAAGCAACCAUGGCUGAUCUUUCUUGCACAUCGGGUACUUGGCUAUUCUUCUGGCAUUGGUUACGCCAUAGAAGGAUCAUUUGCAGAACCAAUGGCAAGGGAGAGCCUUCAAAAACUCUGGCAGAAGUAUAAGGUUGACAUCAGCAUCUAUGGCCAUGUGCAUAAUUAUGAAAGAACAUGUCCCAUAUACGAGAAUAGAUGCACUGAUUAUGAGAAGCAUUACUAUAAAGGCACACCGAAGGGCACGAUACAUGUUGUAGCAGGAGGCGGAGGAGCAAGCCUUUCAACAUUCACCACCCUCAAGACCAAUUGGAGUUUAUACAGAGACUAUGAUUAUGGAUUUGUAAAACUUACUGCAUUUGACCAUUCUAACCUGUUAUUUGAAUACAAGAAGAGCAGUGAUGGAAAGGUUUACGACACUUUUAGAAUAUCCCGGGAUUAUAGAGACAUCUUGGCCUGCACUGUGGAUAGUUGCCCUAGCACAACACUCGCAUCCUGAUUAUGUGAGGAAGGGAAAAAAAAUCUAUUGUUAAUCUAUUGUCAAAACUGUUAGUUGAAUCAAUACAAGAAGAGAAGAGCAGUGAUGGCAAAGUUUACAACUUCAGAAUAUCCAUGGAUUAUUACCGAGGCAUCUUGGCUUGCACUGAGGAUAGUUGCCUGAGUACAAUGUUAGCAUGCCGAUUGUUUGAAGGGAAAAUCUUUGUCGACAAAUACUUCAUGCUUAAUAAUAUUUUAGUUUGUAACAUGUGGUUUGGUAACUAGCUUGGUCUAUGGAAAUAACACAUGCAAAUGUGACCCCAAAACUACAAACAGACAGGAUCAAGUGCAUAUUUUGCAGCAUUGGGUGCCACUAAAUCUUGUAAUGAAGUGGAAACAAAUCGAGCUCUUGUUUUUUUUUCCAUCUUUUUUUUCUAAUCAUUUUGGGAUACAUACAGUUCCUCUUACAGGUGAUGUCUUGUUA